CAAGGAGGCCGGGCGUGCGGCAGCGGGGGGGAGAGCGAUUCUUUGAUGAGCCCUCAUCUCCCCCUGACUGAGGGCUGGAGGAAAAGGGAGCGACAGAGGAUGAGAUGGGUGGAUGACAUCACCGACUAGAUGGACCUGUCCUCCAGGCCCGCAGGACCCCUCCAAUGGCCAGGUCAUACGGCGGCCGGGUGCUGGCCGCGAUGGUCUUGUUGGGCAUCCCCGCGGCGGUGCUGGCGGCGCUGGGCGCGCAGCUGCUGUUCCAGCUGCAGGCGGGCCGCGCGGAGCUUCGAGGACCGCGAAUCGACGGGCUGGGCCCGGAGCUGGGCGCCGGCCCCCGGCUGCCGGAGGACGCGGCCGGGGCGCUGCUGCCGCUGGCAGCCGCGCUCUCCGCGCUUGCCCUGGUGCUGGGCCUCACCUGCCUGCUGCUCGCCGCGCUCUGCGGCCACCUGGGCGCCGAGAUGGCGCGGGGACCGGGCUCUAACAGGUCUGACUGGUUUCUCUAUGACUGCCGCCUCCUCAGACAUGUGGCUCUCGGCCUCUUCUGUUGUGGGGUCUCCGUCUACUUGGCAGCACUGUCCAUCUACGCCCUGCUGCUCUUCGAGAUCGAGACAGGUGCAGCAGCUGCCUCCAUCCUUGGCUUGGGUGCUCUAGUCCUGGUGGCGGCAUUGACCCACACUCUGCUCCAGGCCGCCCGGACCACCCGCCGGGGCCUCCAUGAACCGUCCCCACCACACUUUGAAGAUGACCCUGUCCGCCCUGCUGAAGUCUCCAAGGCCGGCCCCAGGGCUCAGCCCCAGCAGGGUACUCAUCACUGGACUCUCUACUCAUCCUUCCCUAAGCUGGGGGACUCCCUCAGACCCAUGGUCACUGACACAGCACCUGCAGUCAUGGGAGGAGGCCGGGAGAGCUGCCUGCCUGCAUCCCGCAUGCACCGGACACCGUCUGCCAGUGAGGGGCGCUGGGGAGAGGUCACACAUGAGAUGCGCAGCAUCCUGGGCCAUAGGCCAGCGGGUUCAGGGAAGGACUCCACCUUGGUGUGAGCCCAAGGAUCAGGGAUAGAGACCGAGUGUCGGGCAGCAGGAAGAGGACUCUUGUAGAGAUAGCUCCAGGCUCAACCACAGUAGCAGUACAACUUGAUUUCUCUCUCAGUUCGCAGCAUCUCUGAGUUUUGGCCUCAAGUUUGCCUCAUGGCACAGAAUGGCUGCUGGGGGUCCAACCUUCACCUCCUCACUCAGAGAGAAAGGCAGAGGCCAGGACUGACUCAGGAGCUUUUGGAAGUCUUCCUGAGAGGCCUUGGAACCCUUCUGGUUAUACAUCACUGGCCAAAACAGUCAUGUGGCCACACUUCAAUAUAGAGGAGACAAGGAAAUGUAGCUGCCCAGAAUGAAUAAAAUUCUGUUCUAGGCAGGAGGGGGAGGGGAGAGCUUAGAAAGUGGUUCUCUAAACAUCUCCGUCCAUUUUACAGAUGAGGAAACCGAGGCCCAGAGAGGGGCAGUGACUCACCAAGGGUCCCAUGGCCAGUACUGAGCAUCAGAGCCUGGAUUCGAACCUGGGUCCUGUAACCUCCAUGCUGCUGAUAGUGCAAGUCUCAGACUCUGCGACUCCUUCUGGGCUGUGAGCAUUUGAAACCUGAUGUGCCGAGCUCAGAGCAGCCCCGGGCCACGGAUGCACCUGGAGACCUGGACCCAGACUCCUGGCUGUGCCUGUGGCUGAGGGCUUCACCACUCUGUGUCUCAGUUUCCUGGCCUGUAAAAUGGGAACAGAAGUGGUUCCUUCUUCUAGGGCUCCUGUGAGACACUAUAUGAGUCAUCCCAGGGGCCUAUGCACAGCAGGUCCUCAAUGCUUGUCAACCUGUGCUUCUGUUAGUUGGGGUGCCUGGUGGCAAGAAAAUGUGGGUUGAUGGCUGGUCUCUGGGACUCUUGAAACUUAUGGGGCUUGGUGGUUAACUCAGAGCCCCUCAGACCCUCAGGGGUCUCCAGAGGUCCUGGCCCCAUCCUGUCCUGCGCAACCUGAAAAUAAAUUCCAUGCCAUUA